AUGCCUGCGAGCUCGGGGUUCCACGCCGAGGCUGCGAUCGUCCAGCCGUGCUUCUCGGCCAAAGAGACGGAACGCGGUUUGGACUGCCGAGAGACCCGGGUCUCGUCCGGCGUCGAGUACAGCGGCGACUGGUAUCUAGUCGUGGCCGAGCUCUUGCGUCGCGGACGAUACGUGAAGCGGCACCUGUACACGUCGCCGCACUCUUCGCAAUCGAAGCAUGUGCCGGGCGUCAAGAUUGACGGCGUGCGCGUUGACGUCUUCAACGGUUUUUACAUCCGCGUCGCACGUUCGAUUGCGCUCGGACUCCUCCUCAACGUUUUGCUCGGUACCGCGCGCACAAAAAACGGGGUCUUUUUAGCCAAAAACUGCUUGGCGCGCCAAGCGAACAGCACCCCGAUUUCGCUCAGCAACGUACAAUCGCACCUCCAGACGCAGCAAACCGAUACAACAAUCUUCUUUGCAAUCAGCGACGUCGUCUCGGUUCUGAACGCUGAAAAGCCCGGCGGCAGCAGCGACGACAUUCGCGACACGGUCGACAUGGUCACCCAGGAAUACAUGGUCGUCCAGGACAGCGACCGCACCUUCUCGACGGUCAGCUCAACGACGUGA